ACUGCAGCAGCUGCCCGGAGUGGAAGCGGCAUGGAGGCGUUGCUAGAGAAACUGCGGGCAGGGUUUCCCGCGCGGCUUCGUCAAAUUGCGCCGAAGGGAAAGCCCAACGGUACCCACUCCCACCAGCGCCCUCCGGAAGUGCAAGCCUCGCUCUACGUCCACUGGCCUUACUGUGAGAAACGCUGCAGUUACUGCAACUUCAACAAAUAUAUUUCUCGAAAUCUGGAUGAGUUUAGAAUGAAGAACUGCCUCAUUCAAGAGGCCCAGACUUUGAUCCACCUAAGUGAAGUUCAGAGAAUCACUUCAGUAUAUUUUGGUGGGGGAACACCAAGUUUAGCCAGCCCACUCACCAUUGAAGCUAUCCUGGACACCGUCUCCCAGUGCGCACAUUUAGCAGAAGGCGCUGAAGUUACUUUGGAAGCAAACCCCGCUUCAGCAGAUGCCCUCCGCCUUUCUGAGUUCCAGAAAGCUGGUGUGAACCGCCUCUCCAUUGGUAUUCAGUCACUUGACAAUGCAGAACUGAAGCUUCUUGGAAGAAACCACACAACUUGUGAUGCUUUGAGAACUUUAGAAGAAACCAAGAAACUCUUUCCAGGGCGUACAUCUAUUGACUUAAUAUUUGGUCUCCCAGGACAGACUGUUGCUUCCUGGAUCCAGGGAUUGGAGAAAGCACUUGCAGUAUGCGAUGACCAUGUAUCCCUUUACCAGUUGACUUUAGAAAGAGGCACAUCUCUCUUCAAGCAUAUCCAUCAGGGCUUUCUGCCCAAAACCAAUGUGGAUAUAGUAUCAGAGAUGUAUGAGUGUGCACGACACAUUCUACAAAAUUCAGGUUUUCACCAGUAUGAAGUCUCCAAUUUUUCAAAGAAUGGGGCAUUUAGUACUCACAACCUCUCCUAUUGGCAAGGGAGCCAAUAUAUUGGCAUUGGACCAGGAGCCCAUGGGCGAUUUGUACCACGGAGAGAUGGUCGAAUCCAUCAGGAGGCAAGAAUACAGACUUUGGAACCAGAUGUAUGGAUGAAAGAAGUAUUUGCCUUUGGGCAUGGGACCCGGAAACAGACUCCACUCAGGGAACUAGAUAAACUGGAGGAGGUUUUGAUGCUAGGACUCCGUAUGGAUGUAGGAAUCACACAUCAGCACUGGUUACAGUUUGCCCCCAGUCUCAGUCUGUGGGAUGUGUUUGGUGAAUCAGAGGAAAUCAAAGAGCUGGAAGAGCAUGGGUUACUUUUUUUGGAUGACAGGGGACUUAGGUGCUCCUGGAAGGGUCUGGCUGUGCUUGAUUCUCUCCUGCUGAUACUCCUGAAGCAGCUGCAACACACAUGGAUAGAAAGGGAAAAGGGAGCGUGAACUAGCUCCCAAUGUAAUUUUCAUAUUGGAAGUUAAAGCGUUUCAGAGAUGGUUUACAGUCUGGAAAAUUGUUCCAAUGCAAAGGUCACAUCCCAAGAAAUGAUUGUGCCUUCAGUGAAGCCAAUGAGCUGAUUGUGUUGUCAUGCUACUGGACGCAGAGUUUGCUCUGAACUAAACAAUUACUCCAUCCCUGGGUUUUGUCUCUUUAUACUAGGAUGAAAAAUGAUCUAUUAUUCUAGUGUCAUUGGGGCUUGUACUGGAAAUAAAUGAAGCAUGAAAUAUCUUCACGCUGCAUAAAUAAAUGGAUUAUACAGGAACUGGUUUUCAUUAACCAGAAUCUUCCGCUUUUGCAAGUACUAAAUAAAGGAAUGUUCCUGAGGGAAGAAUUGACCAUGAAGAUAAUAAAAGAUUUGUAUGUUGCAAUUACAUACAUUUAAUUCAGUACAACUGGA